GGUCGAGCUGGCGUUUGCUUGCUUAAUGGCGUUGGGCUGAGACGAGAGGCGCCGCCAUCGUGUGGCCUCGUCCGCCCCGCUUUAAACUCACCAUGACGUCCGUUCACUUCGUUGUGCACCCGCUGCCGGGCACCGAGGAUCAGCUGUACGACCGGUUGAGGGAGGUGUCGGAUAAACUGACCAAGUCUUCGUCUGUGAGCCAUCACGCGCUCAGCUGUCUGGAGCAGUCCCCGAUCAAGCAGUGUGUCGUUGGACCCAAUCAUGCCGCGUUCCUCUUGGAGGAUGGGCGCGUUUGCCGGAUCUCUUUCUCCAUCCACCCCGAGCGGCUGGAGCUUGGAAAGCCGGACAGCUCGGAGGGUUCUAAGCCGAGUGGGGCCCCUGGUGCCGGGCGUUCGUCUCGCCUCGGUCGAAACAACGAAUCUCCGUGGCUUCUGUCGGGGUCGGACUCUCUGGGCCGGCUUGCCGGACACCCCCUCGGGCGGUGGAGCUCAGGAGUGGGCGGCACGUCGGGCCGCUCGUCUGCGGCAGCACGUGACUCGCGGCGGCAGACGCGGGUGAUCCGCACGGGGCGCGACCGCAGCUCGGCCCUGCUGGGCAGCCAGCCCGUCGUGCCGGCCUCCGCCAUCCCCGAGGAGCUCAUCUCGCAGGCACAAAUGGUAUUGCAGGGGAAGUCGCGCAACGUCAUUAUCCGUGAACUGCAGAGGACAAACCUGGACGUGAACCUCGCCGUCAACAACCUGCUGAGCCGGGACGACGAUGACGGCGAUGAUGGCGAUGACACUGCCAGUGAGUCCUACCUCCCGGGCGAGGACCUGAUGUCCUUGUUGGACGCGGAUAUGCACUUGGCGCACCCAAGCGUCAUCAUCGACGCCGAUGCCAUGUUCUCGGACGACAUAAGUUAUUUCGGAUACCCGUCUUUCCGUCGUUCAGCGCUCUCCCGACUCGGCUCCCGAGUUCUUCUUCUUCCUCUAGAGCGCGACUCGGAGCUCCUGCGGGAGCGCGAAUCGGUGCUGCGCCUGCGUGAGCGCCGCUGGCUCGACGGCGCGUCCUUCGACAGCGAGCGGGCGGGUGGCGCCGCCGGAGGCCGCGACGCUGACUCGGCCGCCGCGGCUGCCGCGGCCGCCGCCGUUGCCGCAGCGGCCGCCGCCGCGGCCGCCGCAGACAAGAAGCACGGAGCGCACGGCGCGCAGAGCCCGGUGUCGCUCGGGGACGAGCUACAGUGGUGGCACGAGAAGGACGGCGCCCCACGCUUUGUGCUCAUCGGAGCGCUCUUCUCGGAGCUCGUGGCCGUGAGCAGCAAGGGGGAGCUCUACCAGUGGAAGUGGGCGGAGACUGAACCCUACCGCAAUGCACAGAACCCGGCCGUGCACCACCCGCGCGCGCCGGGGCUGGCGCUCGCCAGCGAGGUGGUGGUGCUGCUGUCGGCCAGCAGCAUCCGCGCCUCCGUCGCCACGGAGUCGGGCAAGGUGGCCACCUGGAUGGACGAGAGCCUGACGCCCGUGGGGAGCAAGCUGGAGCAUGCGGCGCAGCUCUUCCCCGAGCUGCAGGGCGACCGCAUCGCGUCGCUGCACUGCUGCGCACUGUACACGUGCGUGCGGCUCGAGUCGGGCUCGCUGCACUGGUGGGGCGUGGUGCCAUUCAGCCAGCGCAAGAAGCUGCUGGAGAAGGCACGCGCCAAGAACAAGAAGUCCAAGACAAGCGCCGGCGUCGCCUCCAUGACCAACAUCACCGUGGGAACUCAGGUGUGCAUGCGCAACAACCCGGUGUACCAGGCGGGUGCGGUGGCAUUCUCGGUGAGCUCCGGCGUGCCCAAGGUGGGCGUGCUGCAGGAGUCGGUGUGGAACAUGAACGACUGCUGCCGCUUCCGCGUGUGCUCGCCCGACGGCCUGCGGGCCCUCGACCGCCUCGCCAAGGCCUCCGACACCAAGUCCGAGCAGAAGCAAGACAACGUGCGCACCGAGAUGGGACCUCCCCCGUCUCCUGCCUCAACCUGCAGUGACACCUCAUCCAUCGCGAGCAGCGCAUCGCUGCCCUACAAGCGCAAGCGCCCGACGGCGAGCUCUCGUGAGGAGGAGAAGCACAACGAGGAGCAGUGGAACCUCAAGGAGGUGGUGUUUGUGGAAGACGUGAAGAGUGUACCGGUGGGCAAGGUGCUCAAAGUGGAUGGGGCGUACGUGGCCGUGAGGUUUCCCGGCGCCAACGGCCCCGUUGCCAGCGCGGUGGUCGUGCCCCCCGCCCCAGGGCCCGACCCGGACCCCACGUCCCUCCUGCAAGACUGCCGCCUCCUCCGCAUUGACGAGCUGCAGGUGGUGAAGAGCGGCGGGGCCCCCAAGGUGCCCGACUGCUUCCAGCGAGCGCCGCGCAAGAUGUCUGUGCCGGACAAGGCAGACAUCCUGGCACUCAACGUGGAUGCCAAGGGCGUGCACACUGUGCUGCGAUCAGGGACCUGGGUUCGCUACUGUCUGUUCGACUUGGCGACGUGCAAACCCGAGCAGGAGAACAACUUUCCAACGAGCAGCGCUGCUCUGCUGGGUCAGGACGAGCACAAUAUUGCCAUCUACAGCGCUGGACAGGAGUCACCGGUGAUCCUGCGCGACGGUAAUGGCACGCUCUAUCCGCUUGCGCGCGACUGCAUGGGCGGCAUCCGUGACCCUGACUGGUUGGACCUGCCGCCAGUGCGCUCGCUGGGCGUGGGCCUGCAUGCACUCACCAACCUGCCCGCCAACUCCUCCAUCAAGAAAAAGGCCACCGUCAUUGUCAUGGCCAUUGAGAAGCAGCCGCUGCUGACGCCGGUGCUGCGGUGCGACUACGAGGCGUGCCGACUGGCGCUGCUGGGCAUGGAGCAGAGCCUGCUCAUGGAGCUGGACGCCGGCGAGGUGGAGAACAUCCCACACGAGCGCUGCGACGGCAACCGCAACGUCCUGCACGCGUGCGUCUCCACCUGCUUCCCCACCUCCAACAAGGAGGCCAAGGAGGAGGAAGAGUCCGACCGCUCGGAUCGCACGUCGUUCUUCGAGCGUAUGUCGGCGGUCGAGGCGAUUGCCAACGCCAUCUCGGUGGUGUCGUGCAACACGAGUCGCGCCGGCGUCUCCAGCAGCAGCACGCGCAGCCUUCGUCUAAGGGAGAUGAUGCGCCGCCCACCGCGGCCGCCCCCCGGGCUGGGCUCGCACGACGCAGGUGCCGCCGCCGCCGCCGCGGCAGAGCACGCGGAGCAGGUGCCGCCACCACCGCCCAUCCCCACCUUCAGCUGGCUCCCCGAGCCACCGCAGUUCGACCCGGCUUCGUCCUCUGCAGGACCAGGCCCAUCGACCGGAGCACCCAGCCUGGCGGGCUCCUCGAAGGAGGCAUCGGCGUCGGAACCCAAAGAUCGCAAGGCCACAGCGCACGCCAUCCUCAAGCUGCUGUGCGAGACGAGCCUGCUCAAGUUCUACAUGCGCGAGCUGCUCUCCGCCAAGGAUGCAAGAGGCAUGACACCAUUCAUGCUGGCGGUGAGCGGGCGUGCAUACCCGGCCGCCAUCACCGUGCUCGAGACGGCGCAGAAGGUGGCAAAAGGUGACGCUCAGACUGAGAACCGGGACGACUUCAUGAGCAUGAUCUGCCCCACGGGCACCAAUCCAGACGACUCGCCGCUUUACGUGCUUUGCUGCAACGACACCUGCAGCUUCACAUGGACAGGGGCUGAGCACAUCAACCAGGACAUCUUCGAGUGUCGCACGUGCGGCCUCCUGGAGUCGCUGUGCUGCUGCACGGAGUGUGCCCGUGUCUGCCACAAGGGGCACGACUGCAAGCUGAAGAGGACUUCGCCCACCGCGUACUGCGACUGCUGGGAGAAGUGUAAGUGCAAGACGCUCAUCGCUGGGCAGAAAGCAGCGCGGCUGGAGCUGCUGCACCGCCUGCUCACCACCACGGACCUGGUCACACGGCCCAACAGCAGGGGGGAGCACCUGCUGCUGUUCCUGGUGCAGACGGUGGCGCGACAGAUGGUGGAGCACUGCCAGUACCGCCCCCCUCGUGGGCGGGACGAGCGCACGCGCAAGCCGGCUGGCGCCGAUGAAGCAGACAUGCCGGACCACGACCUGGAGCCUCCCCGGUUUGCUCAGCAGGCCCUGGAGCGCGUCCUGAAGGACUGGAAUGCCGUGAAGUCCAUGAUCACAUUCGGAUCCCAGGAGAACAAGGACCCGUUGAGCGCCAGCAGCCGCAUCGCACACCUGUUGCAGGAGGAGCAGGUGUACCUGUCCCAGCAGAGCGGCACCAUCCGCCUUGACUGCUUCACCCACUGUCUGCUCGUCAAGUGCUCCGACAUGGGGCUGCUGGACACGCUGCUGACGACGCUGGUGACGGAGCUGCAGAACAAGUACACGCCCGGGCGGCGUGAGGAGGCGGUGGCCGUGACGCGCCGCUUCCUGCGCUCGGUGGCACGCAUCUUUGUGAUCCUGAGCGUCGAGAUGGCCUCCUCCAAGAAGAAGAAUAACUUCGUGCCACAGCCCAUCGGCAAGUGCAAGCGCGUGUUCCAGGCGUUGCUGCCGCUGGCCGUCGAGGAGCUGUGCCACGUGGCCGAGUCGCUCAUCGUGCCCGUGCGCAUGGGCGUGGCAAGGCCCACGGCGCCAUUUGCGCUGGUCAGCACCAGCCUGGACGCCAUGCAGGGCAGCGAGGAGAUCUUCUCCGUGGAGCCGCUGCCACCGCGCCCGGCCGCCGACGACAGCAGCAGGAGCUCGCAGCAGUCUGCGUACAUGGCGCACGCGGCCCAGCAGAGGCGCGGAGGCCCCGCUCCCGUGGCCCGCGGCAGGGAUGACGAGGCCGACGAGUUGGUGUCUGCUGACGUCGAGGAGGUGGAGGUGGUUGAGGGCGUCGUCGGUGAAGAGGACCACCACGAGGAGGCGGAGGAGAAUCCUGAGGCCGAGGGUCACCAUGACGACCACGAUGAAGAUGCAAGCGACAUGGAGCUGGACCUGCUUGCUGAGACGGAGAGCGACAGCGAGAGCAACCACAGCAACCAGGACAAUGCCAGCGGGCGGCGCAGCGUGGUGACCGCCGCCACCGCCGGCUCUGAGGCUGGCGCAAGCAGCGUGCCGGCCUUCUUCUCGGAGGACGACUCGCAGUCGGACGAGUCAAGCGACUCUGAGAGCAGCAGCUCGCCCACUGAGGAGGAGGAGCAGGAUGGCUUCCUGCAGGACGAGCCGCUGGAACGCACAGCCAACAGUGCGCAUGCCAGCAGCGCUGCUCAGGCGCCACGCUCGAUGCAGUGGGCGGUGCGCACGCCCCAACCCCAGCGGCCACCGCCUCCCACUUCGGCGGCCACCACCUCCGUCACCAGCUCGGGUGGCCUCAUCUACAUCGACCCGAACUCGCUGCGGCGCAGCACCACGCUCGGCUCGAACGCCGUGGCAGCGGCGGCAGCGCUGGAAGCCGGUAACUCCAGCAGCUACCUGACAUCGGCGAGCGGGCUGGCGCGCGCCUACAGCAUCGUGGUGCGCCAGGUGUCCGAUCUCAUGGGCCUGCUGCCCAAGUACUACCACCUGGUGGCCUCGCAGCUGCCCAGCUCGCUCACGCUGCGCUUCCAGGAUGCCGUGCACCUGCAGAAGUACGUGGAGGAGCACCUGGUGUUGACCUGGAACUGGAUGGUGAGUGUCAUGGACUCGACGGAGGCGCAGCUGCGCUACGGCUCGGCGCUGGCGUCGGCAGGCGACCCGUCGCAUCCAAGCCAUCCGCUCCACGCCUCGCAGAACCCCGCGCGGCGCGAACGCGAGCGGCCAAACCCUCGCGACGACGCGGCGCUACGUGGGCUCGAGUCACGCAGGCGCGCCACGCUGCUGUCGUCGCGCCACGGGCUGCUGUCGGCACGUGGCGACUUCCUGACGUACGCGCUGUCGCUGAUGCGCGCGCAUAAGGACGAGCACUCGGACAUCCUGCCCCUGCUGGACGUGUGCUCGCUCAAGCACGUGGCGUACGUCUUCCAGGCGCUCAUCUACUGGAUCAAGGCCGUGAACCAGCAGACCACACUGGACACGCCGCAGCUGGACCGCAAGCGGGCGCGCGACCUGCUCGAGCUGAGUCUGGAGACGGAGGACUCGGAGCACGAGAACGACGAGGACAGCAACAUGAGCGGCUCGCUGCCCUACAAGGACGAGGAGCUGCUGCCGUCGGAGUCGGGACAGCACCACGCCUUCUUCCGCCGCUCCGACUCCAUGACGUUCCUCGGCUGCAUCCCCCCGAACCCCUUCGAGGUUCCCCUGUCGGAGGCGCUACCCCUGGCCGACCAGCCCCACCUCCUCCAGCCGAACGCACGGAAGGAGGACCUGUUUGGGCGUCCGAGCCAGGGGCUCUACUCGAGCCACGCGGCCACAGACAAACCGGAUCCCCGGGACGACGCGGCCAGGAGCUGCCUCGAGGUCCUCCCCACCAAGAUGUCCUACUCCACCAACCUCGCGAGCGUGAGCGGCAUCGGCGAUCGCCAGCGCCGGCCCGGUGGAGCCAGCACCUCCACACCGGAGGCGCCGACCACACAACAGCCCCCACCACCACCGCCACCACCACCCCCUCAGCAGCAGCAGCAGCAGGCGGCUUUGCCAGCGCUGGUGCCUGUGGAGUUCCGUCCAUCUCUCUUUCCCCCUCCGCCGCCGGCUGCUGCCGCCGCCGAUGUGAAGCCAGGACCAUCUUCUGCUGCUGCAGGAGCAGCAGCAGCAGCAGCUGGUGGUGGUGGGGCAGCCGAGUCUGAGGAGCCGGCGCUGUCUGCGUUCAGGUCCCAGUGCAGCUUCAUGGGCAUGGUAAUCUCACACGACAUGCUGCUGGGGCGCUGGCGCCUCUCACUCGAGCUGUUUGGUCGCGUCUUCAUGGAGGACGUCGGGGCUGAGCCUGGAUCGAUCCUCACGGAGCUGGGCGGCUUCGAGGUGAAGGAGUCCAAGUUCCGCCGGGAGAUGGAGAAGCUGCGUAACGCACAGUCCCGCGACCUCACCCUGGAAGUGGAUCGCGACCGCGAGCUGCUCAUCCAGCAGACCAUGCGGCAGCUGAACAACCACUUUGGGCGGCGCAGUGCCUCCACGCCCAUGGCCGUGCACCGUGUUAAGGUCACUUUCAAGGACGAGCCGGGCGAAGGCAGCGGCGUCGCCCGCAGCUUCUACACGGCGGUUGCCCAGGCGCUGCUCUCCAACGAGAAGCUGCCGAGCCUCGACUUCAUCCAGCAGGCCAGCAAGGGACUGCCCGCUAGCCUGAUGCAACGUCUGCGGAACCGCGAGCGCGAGCGGGAGAGGGAGAGAGAGCGCGAGCAGCGCAGGGCGGGCGGCCUGAGGGCCGGCUCGCGGCGCGAGAGAGAGAGGGAGUCUCGGCGGCAGCUAUCGAUCGAGGCGCGGCCAUUCCACAGCAGCUCGGAGGGCAGCCCGGCCGAGGAGUACGAGCCUCUCCCUGCACAUCGGCAGGCGCUCGGGGAGCGGCUCUACCCACGCGUGCAGGCGCUGCAGCCCGCCCUGGCUGGGAAGAUCACGGGCAUGCUGCUAGAUCUCUCGCCUGCCCAGCUGCUGCUGCUCCUGGCAAGCGAGGACUCCCUGAGGGCGCGAGUGGACGAGGCGAUGGAGCUGAUCAUCUCGCACGGGCGGGAUGGGGCAGCAGAAUCUCUGAUGGAUCUGCCCAUCCUCCCUGACUCGGACAGACCCCAGGAUGGGCGCAAGCGACUUGGCAGCCGCAGCGUGAUGGACACGGACCAAGAUGACUCGGAUGACUCAGAGGACAACAGCCCGCUAUUCUACCAGCCGGGCAAGCGCGGCUUCUACUCCCUGCGUGCCGGAAAGAACACGGAGGCUCGGCUCAACUGCUUCCGCAACGUCGGCCGGAUUUUGGGGCUGUGUUUGCUGCAGAACGAGCUUUGUCCCAUCACUCUCAACCGCCACGUCAUAAAGGUCAUCCUGGGCCGUAAGGUGAACUGGCACGACUUUGCGUUCUUCGACCCCGUGACGUACGAGAGCCUGCGUCAGCUGAUCCUGGCGGCGCAGAGUUGCGACGCGGAUGCCGUCUUCAAGGCCAUGGACCUCACGUUCUCCAUCGACCUAUGCAAGGAGGAGGGUGGCGGACAGCUGUGCAGCACACCGAUGGAGCUGGUGCCAGGGGGACUGACGGCGCCGGUGACUCCGGCCAACGUCUACGAGUACGUGCGCAAGUACACCGAGUACCGCAUGCUGGUGGCAGCCGAGCAGCCUGCGCUGGCAAUGCGCCGCGGCGUGCUCGAUGUGCUGCCUCGGAGUGCGCUGGAGGACCUCACCGCCGAGGACUUCAGGCUGCUCGUCAACGGCUGCGGCGAGGUCAACGUGCAGAUGCUCAUCAGCUACACGUCCUUCAACGACGAGUCCGGCGAGAGUGCCGACAAGCUUCUGCAGUUCAAGCGCUGGUUCUGGUCGAUUGUGGAGAAGAUGAACAUGGCCGAGCGGCAGGACCUGGUAUAUUUCUGGACGUCGUCACCAUCCCUUCCGGCUAGUGAGGAGGGCUUCCAGCCGAUGCCGUCUAUCACCAUUCGCCCGCCCGACGACCAACACCUCCCCACGGCCAACACGUGCAUCUCGCGCCUCUACGUGCCCCUCUACUCCUCGCGGCAGAUCCUGAAGCAGAAGCUGCUGCUGGCCAUCAAGACCAAGAACUUUGGUUUUGUGUAGCGGGGCCUGUCGGCACGUCUUGUCUAUUGUCUACCCGUCCACCAUUCGUCCACCCGACCACUUGCUUGCGCGCUCGAUCGUUAAGGGCCGCGGUGACCGUGCACUCAGGAGGCAGGGUUUGCGCAUAAUUCGCCUCUGUAAAAUAAAGAUAAUUAUACAAAAAAACACUUUUAAACAAAAAAGAAGAAAUGGGAAAAAAGAAAUGAAAGCGUAACCGGGGGCCGCUCUCGUACGAAUGUGCCAUGCGACAACGGACGUCAAGGUGAAGCCAUUUGGCAGCGUGUACACCCAGACUGUAUAAACUAAUAACAGUAACGAGAAUAGAUAAGACACGAGGAAGGGUGAGAGGGCCUAAUAGCGUAGCUCACUUUAUUACGCCUUUUGCCAAGUGGGGAGUUGCGAGUUUUGGUUUAUAUUUAAUUUCACUGUUUUGUUUUUGUUAACAUUUUGUUAUUUGUGGAGGCCCCAUGCUCAGUGGGGGAGCCUGGCCGACACGUGGGGCCGGCCGCGUCCAAAGGGCCACCCCCCCCCCCCCCCGCCAACGGCGCUGACUCUGUCCACGUUGUGAGCGAGCCACUUUUUGUUGAAUUACUGUUGUUUCACAUUUUACUUUAUUUUUUACUCCGUGAUGAGAGCUGGGAUGAUUAGUCAAUGAAUGGACUAAAAUUUGUAAUCCACUACCGUUUUGUAGUGAUUACUUGGGCCCUUUUAAAAUGGUUGCCACCUCCCACAUCCUGCCUCCUGAAGGCUGACUUGAGCAGAUCACCAGCGCAGCCGGGACAUGUGGUAGAAAGCCCCCUUAUUUGCAACAGUUUUGUUUUCUGAUUAGUUGAGUAAUCGAGCCGAUAAUCGGUAGAGUAAAUGAUUACUUGAAUAAUUGGACGUCCCCAGCUCUGCACCGCAAGCACCUUGCUUACAUGUGUUUAGCCGUAUGUUGCACGCAUCAUAACCCACCGUCGUAAUCACCCAUUCCUCGUCGAAUUUUUGUUUCUACGCGCGCACUCGCCGUCCCUUAGUUAACCUGGCCGAGAGCACCAUGAGAGUCGUGUCGAGCAAAAAUAACUCGACUAUCUGUAGACAUGAAUGGACAGUUCUUAUUUUUACCGUUGAUUUCUUCGGGGACCGUUUGUUUUUGAUUAAAGACCUGGAAUGUUAUGCCACAGGUGGCACACUGGGCCAAUUGGUGGCAUAUAGCCGAGUUCCAAAACAUCCACUCGAGCAGAUUUCUGCUGCUGCGUCUUGCCUCUGACAUUUAGAGACUCAAUUAAGUCUCCCCAAGUGCAGGAAAAUGGGAUCGCCUGAGGCUUGUGUGCACUCGGGUGGAGAAGCACUGGUGAUGGCCCCCCCCUUGGCUUGUGCGAACGGUACAUCUUGGCUUCAAGCAAGCACACAGUCUGAGGCUGGUGUAGCUUCAUAUGCAGCUGGGAGUUAGGCCCAACCUGGUCGCAGAUGUCUGGUUGACAUCGCCAAAUGGAAAGCCCCUCUCCAUUGCUUGUUUCAUUCGGAAAUCUGAAGAGUCGUAUUGUUUUGUUGGGAAGGAUAUUUUUUGUUGUCGUGAAGAGCCGCACCUUGGUUCCAGAGGGUCUGGCCAGAGGGGAUGUGGUGGGAAUUGGAAAAUGCCACCAGCUUUGCACACUUGAACUUGCAUCGGGUUCCUAUAAUUAUAUUGAAUAUUCCGUUUGGAACCGAGUGUCAUUACAUUAGCUCUUGAUGCUUGUGUUCUGCUGCCGUUUGUGCUUCUUACAAGUAAGCAGAGUAAACAGCUCUUAGUUCAAGUCGCCUUCAAAGUAAGACGCAUAUUUUGUUUUAUUAGCGUUUUUUUAAUCCGGUGGUUUUCAUGAGCAAACCUUCAGUUACUUUUUCCUCACAGUAGUCUUGGGUGAAUAUUAAAGGAAGACAUUGACGUGUAAAGAAAAUGCAAAACAAUAACAAUUGGAAUACAGUAACUGCAAAGGAGUUUCCUGUUACCUGCAUUUACGCUUGGCGCAUCUCCUGCUUAUUGAACUCUGCAAUAUCUGCGUUCACACUGGGGGCAGUCUGUUCACAUCGGACUCGAUGUGAUCAAACUAAAUCUCAUUCACGCUAUUUUUAAAAAGGCCAUUUCUUCGAUGUCUCCACGAAAAAUGUUUGAGUGGACUCUUGUUCAGUUUCCUUCGAACUCGCUGCGUGUACACGCAGAUGUACAGCCCUUCUGAAAACCUUGCACCAGAUGAGUGCCUCCCCACGCCAUCACGGGGCUUGUUUGAGUAUACUUCACACUUUCACCACGCUGCAGUGUGGUAAAGGUGAAGGCGGGGGCAGAGAUGCAGGAGCAUAUAACAGUAAUGUUUUUUUCUGCACCACCCUCAACUGUCAAUCACGUAGCCAUGCAGAAGCCUAUUGCCACCGGACGUCGAGAAAGUCAUUUAUCCAUAUUCUAUUCAAGCUCAACUCUGCUUAACUUACGAGAUGUGAUGCGAUCGGGCCAAGUCCGGGUGAUUUAGUCAAAGGCUUAGACCAAUCUGCGUACAUGUCAUAGCAAUAUACAACCGUUUGUUAAUCCACUGCUGGAUGAGAUGUCCUCCAUGUUUUCGUUAUUAUUGUUUUGGACCACACUUCACCACGCUGGUCAGUGCGAGUUGAAGUAGGGAACUUUGGGACCAUUUACGAUAUCACUGAUGUUUGCCGUCGCUGUGAACUGAACUCGGGUGGCCAGGUUCAUAGAGCGUUGUGAUAACCACUGCCCUACACACGGAAUAAUUGUAUGUAUAAGCAUGCGAGAGCCCAUGAGACAAGAUUUGUGCUCGCAAGGGAGACCUGGGAUGCCAACAAAUAACUUUAUAACAUAAAUCUUUGUAAAAAUGUGAACCCCAGCCAAUUCUUGAAGUUUUGCAAAGAAUAAAUAAUAUAAAAAACAAUCACUAAUAGACAUUUCUGUUAGACAUUUUGUCCAAAUAUCAAAAGUGCAUUGCUUAGAUGUAAAAUGCUUAACAUAGCACAUAUACAUACCACAUGCAAAGUGAGCUCUGGAGUCAGUGAGGUUAUCUACAAUAGUAAGUAUGGGUAGCUGCUAUCAAACAAUUUAAUUAUACCGUUUUCCUCGUUAUUUACAGGAUGUUAAGAUUACAUUGCCCAGUGUGAACGUAGUUUAUUCAUCCCAUGGUGUAAGUCUUUAAGCAAGUGCCCACGUUCAUGACACCCGGUGGCAUGCAGCUCAGAGGCUCAUGCACGUUUGUAAUGAAGGUGGUGGUGGUCGGGGUCGUGAUGGUUCUCAUGAGUGCAGUAGAGGGUUGUGACUGGCAUCUGCCACGUGCACACAGGUAAAUGUGAUCGUCUGUCAAUUCUGAACAUUUGUUCCAUUUUAUUUGUCUUUGGAUUCCUGAAGUACCAAUUCGGACACGUGAUCAUAUAAACAAGGUCUAUUAACUAUACCUUUCCUCCCAUUUGAGCGAGCGUCGGUUGUAAACCAUCAGAAAUCGCUGAUACCUGUUGCUGGUGGAAUACAAUACCUCGAGGAAUGAUUCUUGUGUUAGUUUGAACCUUGCCACAGAUUUAUUAUUUGGAAAAACAGGAAACCUGGCACGACACGAGAUGGUUGAGACCUGGCAAGAGUUGAUCCAAAUCAGAGGUUGCCUUUCUGCCAAUACACGCAUCUGACGCUUCGUGACAUCUUCCGUAACGUCCUGUAAAACGGUCUAAAUGAAGAUGUAUUGUGUAAAGGUGUUUAUUGCGACUGGCUUUCGAAAGGUUUGUGCACGCUUGAAUAUUUUUGUUGUUUAAAACUUGUACAAAUUAAGAUGCCAACAAAAAGUAAGGAUCAUUGAAUCACACUGCUGUUACCAGAUAAAUUGCGAAUAAAAACAUCACCCCAGACAA